AUGGAAGAAAUAUACUUGGAGCAUCGAGUUGAAAGGCUUAUAGAGUGCUUUGGGCCUUUGACUGGUUGGAAGCAUUGCAUAAGGUCUAUGAAUGAUUUACUUGAAAAUUGUGUAUCUCAAUAUCAUAUUUUUGUAGAAAAUGAGUUGUGGAAAGAAAAACAACUUGCAAAUGGAAAUCAAAGCAACACUAAAACCAACAAGUUGCAAGUCAAAUCAUUCCUUGAGUUUGUGCAAGAUCGAUUUCGUUCUUCUGUAAUGCCACUUAGAAGAUGCAUCCUUACAUUCUUGACUCAUGUCCCAAGAAGUUUCAUGAAAGAAUACAAUUUCCAUAGUAUGAUAUAUCUUUUGGAUAACUUAAGUUCAUUUGAAUUGCUGUUGUUUCAAGAGAACUUGGUUUCACAAGAACUCGAGCACCUUUUCACAUCUCAACCAUUUCCUAAUCAGUUGGAGGAUAUGUCGUCGAUUAAUUCCAUAAGAGCCAUGUCUAUAUUGGUUCUAAGAGGUCUGCUGAUAUCUCUUGAAGUAUUAGGUCUUCCAUAUAUUAUAAAAAGACAAAAAAUAGAGGACUUUUGUUUUGAAAGAGCUUCUCUUAUAUUUUGCACAACAUCUAGUUCCUACAAGUUGCAUAUGGUUCCAGUGAAGCCUUUGAACAUUUUGGUCAUAGAUGAAGCUGCACAAUUAAAAGAGGCUGACUCCACUAUUCCUCUUCAGCUUCCUGGGAUGAAGCAUGCUAUCCUUAUUGGAGAUGAGUGCCAAUUACCUGCAGUGCUUACAAGCAAUGUAUGUAUUGAAUCUGGCUUUGGACGAAGCUUGUUUGAACGACUGAGUUCUUUAGGUCAUUAUCGACAUCUACUAAAUGUUCAGUAUCGAAUGAGUCCUUCCAUCAGUUUCUUCCCUAAUUGGAGAUUUUAUCAGAAUCAGAUCCUUGAUGCAGAAAAUGUUUUAUGUGAAAGUUAUGAAAAGCAAUAUCUUUUAGGACCAAUGUUUGGUCCUUACUCAUUUAUAAAUGUUGUUGAAGGAAUAGAAGAAAAGGAUGACGACGGAAGGAGCAAACGAAAUAUGGUUGAGGUGGCUAUUGUGAUUAAGAUUGUACAAAAUCUGCAUAGAGCGUGGAAAGACUCGAAUAAGAAGCUUACUAUAGGCAUCGUAUCUCCUUAUGCUGCCCAAGUUGUUAUGAUUCAAGAAAAACUUGGUCACAAGUAUGAGAAACUUGAUGGAUUUUCAAUAAAGGUGAAAUCAAUUGACGAGUUUCAGGGUGGAGAAGAAGAUGUUAUUAUUUUAUCGACAGUUAGAUCUAACAGGCGUGGAUCUGUUGGCUUCAUGUCUAGUCCACAAAGGACUAAUGUUGCCCUCACCAGAGCACGACAUUGUCUGUGGAUUUUAGGACAUGAAAGAACCCUGACUAAUAGUGAAUCUAUAUGGAAAGAUUUAGUCUAUGAUGCAAGAAAUCGCCAUUGUUUGUUUGAUGCUGAUUCUGAUAAAUGCUUGAAGACGGCAAUUAUAAAUACAAAGAAAGAGCUAGCACAACUUGAUGAUCUGUUUAAAGAGACCAGUGUACUUUUUAAACAUGCCAAAUGGAAGGUUCUGUUCAGUGACAACUUCAGAAAGUCAUUUAGAAAGCUGACUUCUGCUCGCUUGAAGAAGCUGGUUUUAAAUCUUUUAUUGAGACUCGCUGGUGGUUGGCGACCCAAGAACCAAAGUGUAGACUUUCAUUGUGAAAAAUCUUCACACAUUCUCAGACAAUUUAAGGUUGCAGGGUUAUAUGUUAUAUGUACGAUUGACAUCAUCAAGGAAUCUAGUUAUGUACAAGUUUUGAAGGUUUGGGAUGUAUUACCUUUUGAAGAGAUACCAAAACUCACAAAACGUCUUGAGAGCAUAUUUGCUGCAUACACGGAUGAUUAUAUUAGUCGUUGCACAACAAAAUGCAUGGAUGGGAAUUUAGAAGUUCCUAAGAGUUGGCUGUCAUACAAAGAAAUUAUAAAAUUUCGUUAUAAUAAUGAAACUGGCCGUGAAAUGAGGGAGAAUCCUUGUGACGGGAUAAGUUAUGUGGAAAACUCAAAAGUGAAUGAAAGCUUGUUGCUUAUGAAGUUCUACUCCCUGUCAGAUGUGGUGGUGAAACAUUUGCUUUCUGAUAAUGAACUUGUUCUACCCAUGCAAGUCAGUGAUGAACAAAUGGACAUUAUCCUAUUUUCCAGAAGUUCUUUUAUAAUUGGGCGUUCAGGAACCGGGAAAACCACUAUACUGACAAUGAAGUUAUUCCAAAAUGAACAAUCUUUCCGUGCUGUUUCUGAAGCGAUUUACGAAACAGACAGUAGCAGUAUUGGGGAUUCCAAGGCUGUCGAAGAUUCAGAAGAUAGAAAACCAUUGGUUCUUCGUCAGCUUUUUGUGACUGUCAGCCCAAAAUUAUGCCAUGUUGUGAAGCAACAUGUUUCUCACCUUACAAGCAUAUCAUGCAAUGAGAGUUCAUCAACUGAAAUUAAUCUUGAUGAUGACGAAGUAACAUCGGAAUUCAAAGUUAUCCCAGAUACAUUUACAAACAUCCCCGUGAAAGACUACCCUUUGGUUAUAACUUUUCAUAAGUUUCUAUUGAUGUUGGAUGGUACGUUGGGCAACUCUUUCUUCGGAAGAUUUCUGAAAAAAAGAGAAGAUUUUCAUCUCAACCUUCUGGGUUCAAGAUCUGUAGCACUGCAAACAUUUAUAAGACUACGGGAGGUCACUUUUGAUAGGUUUUGUUCACUAUACUGGCCCCACUUUGAUUCAAGUCUAACAAAGAAACUUGAUCCCUCCAGAGUCUUUACAGAAAUUAUUUCUCAUAUAAAAGGGGGUCUGCAAGCAGGGGAAUGCAGUGAUGGGAAGCUGAAUUUUGAGGGUUACUCUUUAUUGGCCAAAUGUCGUUCAUCCAUUUUGACGAAACAAAAAAGAAAGACUGUUUACAACCUCUUUCAAGCCUAUGAAAAGAUGAAAACUGAACGAGGAGAAUUCGAUUUGGGUGAUUUAGUAAAUGACCUCCAUCAUCGGCUUAAAAGUGGACAUUAUGAAGGUGACAAGAUGGAUUUUGUGUAUAUUGAUGAAGUUCAAGAUCUUAGUAUGAGGCAGAUCUCUCUUUUCAAAUAUAUAUGUCCAAAUGUCGAUGAGGGUUUUCUUUUUGCUGGUGACACCGCACAAACCAUUGCCAGGGGGGUUGAUUUUAGAUUUCAAGAUAUACGAUCUCUGUUCUAUAAAGAGUUUCUACCCACCAGAAUAACUGGGAAACAAGGGAAAGGUCUUGUCACUGAGAUUUUUCAACUGAAACAGAACUUCCGAACUCACUCCGGUGUGCUUGACCUAGCUCAGAGUGUCAUUGAUAUUAUUUACCACUACUUUGUUCACUCAAUUGAUGUUUUGGAGCCUGAGACUAGUCAAAUAUGCGGUGAAACUCCUGUACUGCUUGAGUCGGCCGAUGAUGAAAAUGCAAUCGCAACAAUCUUUGGUGGCAAUGGAAAUGGUGGAAAAAUUGUCGGAUUUGGUGCGGAACAAGUGAUAUUGGUUCGUGAUGAUUGCACUAAGAUUGAGAUUUGCGAAUAUGUUGGAAAGCAUGCGCUUGUUCUCACUAUAGUAGAAUGUAAAGGUCUUGAAUUCCAGGAUGUGUUGCUGUAUAACUUUUUCGGGACAUCCCCUUUGAAAGACCAAUGGAGAGUAAUAUACGGAUACAUGAAGGAGCGGGAUUGGAUCGAUGAGAAACUCCCUCAAUCUUUCCCAAGAUUCAGUGAGGCGAGACAUAGUUUACUGUGUUCUGAACUGAAACAGUUAUAUGUGGCUAUAACUCGUACAAAGCAAAGACUAUGGGUAUGUGAGAGUAUAGAGGAGCUCUCGAAGCCAAUGUUCGAGUACUGGAAAAGAAGGGGACUCGUACAGACAAGAAAGAUCGAUGAUUCAGUGGCACAAGCCAUGGGAGUCGCUAGCAGCCCUCAAGAGUGGCGGGAGCGUGGUAAAAAGCUGUUGUAUGAUAACAACUUCGUGAUGGCAACAAUGUGCUUUGAAAAAUCCGGUGACACUAUGUUGGAGAAAUUGGCAAAGGCUUCUGGUCUCAGAGCAUCUGCUGAUCAAAUGAGGGGAAAGAAGCCCGAAGCUUAUCUAAGUCAUUUAAGAGAAGCUGCAGAAAUGUUUGAGUCUAUUGGGAAACUUGAGUCUGCUGCUUCUUGUUACUGUGAUGUGGGGGACUAUGAAAUAGCAGGAAAAAUUUACUUAUACAAGUGCAAAAAAAUUGAUGUUGCGGCAGAGUGUUUUAUUUUAGCCGGAUGCUAUGGUGAAGCAGCUGAAGCCUAUGCCAAAGGAGAUCAGUUCUCCAAUUGUCUAUCAGUUUGCAAAAAGGGGAAACUAUUUGACAAAGGCAUGCAGUAUAUCGAAUACUGGAAAGAGCAUGUGGAUGUUAAAAGCAAAGAACUAGAACAACUUGAGCAAGAAUUUUUGGAGAGUUGUGCCCUUCAUUACUAUAAACAUAAAGAUCUUAAAUUCAUGAUGAAAUUUGUCAGAGCCUUUUUUACUGUGGAAUCUAAGCGUGUAUUCCUGAGGUCUUUAGGCUGCAAUGAUGAACUUUUAUUGCUGGAAGAAGAAUGGGGUCAAUUUGUCAAUGCUGCUGAGCUGGCGAGGUCAUUAGGUUAUGUUCUAAAAGAGGCUGAUCUUUUGGAGAAGGCUGGCGAUUUUAUGGAAGCUGCAGAUCUCUUACUUUGGUACAUACUUUUUACCUCACUAUGGGGAAAGGGAAAUAGAGGUUGGCCAUUGAAGCAGUUUGCCAUGAAGGAAGACCUUUGUGAGAAAGCAAGGUCGGUUGCAAAAAUGACCUCUGAUAAAUUCUAUGAUUUUGUUUGUAAUGAGCUUAAGGUACUCUCUGAUAAGCACAGUAGUUUGCCCGAGCUCAAGAAAAAUUUACUUGCUUCCCAGAAAUAUAAGAGUUUAAGAGGGGAAAUAUUAUCCAUAAGGAAAAUCUUGGAUUCUCAUUUUCAUAUUAAUUUCUCAAAGUACUUUUGGGAGGAUGAAUUACCGUCUGAUAUUACUAAGCAUUGUGAAGACCAGAUCUUUCAGAGCUGUGUUUCUGUUAGAACUCUGGUUUUUUAUUGGAACCAGUGGAAGGAGAAUGUCAUGAAUAUCUUUCAGAGCAUCAAAUGUCUUGAAAAUGAACAGCCAAAUAUAAGCGAUGGUCUUGUUGAUUUUAGUAUAAGUUACUUUGGAGUGAGGAAACAGUGUGUCAAUGGAAACAUGGUUUACAUGUUAGUCAACAAGGAUGGUGAUUGGAUAAGAAACAUUGGUAACGUAGGUCUACACAAGGAAGGGAAGCUUCUAAUUAUGAAUACAAAUCAGUUGGUGCUUGCUAUGACGUCUUAUUGGCAGUCAGAAUUACUCUCCGUGGGUAUAAAAGUACUUGAAAAACUAGAAGGUCUUCAUAAGUCAAAGUCAAACGGUUCAACAUUUCAUCAAAGCACUACUCUUCUACACAUUUUUGAGGUUUCCAAGUUUCUUUUGGACUGCCAAUGUGUUAACCUCACUUUUCAUUAUAAAAAGAAACUGCAAAGUUUCCUUGGAAUCUCUGCACAUUACUUUGAUCUUGUGUUUCCGUUAGACUGGCGAAGAUCAGUCUCUGAAGACUUGGUAUCCUUGAGGAAGACUGAUAUAUCACUUCACUUGUUUGAUGAGAUUAUUCUUCAAAAUGUUGACAUCAAUGGUGAUAUCACCUAUUGGACAAUCGGAAUUGUGAUGAUGCUAUGGUUUAGUUCAAGAAAACCUGCUGCACUUAACGAAAAGAUUGUUGCUGGAGUCCAGUGGAGUCUUGGAUGGCGGUCACUUGUGGAACUAUGGAAUGUUGGCUAUAUAGGUAUUUGUGUUGUUCCGUUACUCCGGGUUGCUUUAGGUGAUACUUUGUCCGAAAACUGGAGUAAUCCUGGCUAUAUAUCACCUCACAGUUUUGUGCAUCUUUUGGAUCGUCUUCUUUUCAUGGAGUCUUUUUCUUCAGGACUACUUUUCACAACAAAGACUUCUUUUGUUGGAUGGUUUACAGAGCUUCAUCCUAGUGAUACAGCUUUGUCAGCACUUAAACAGAUCUAUAUAAAAACUGACUUCACCUUUUUUGUUAGCAUAGUCCAACGGAUUCUCUACAACAAGGAAGAUACUGAAUCUUGGAUUCGAAGAUCAAAGAUUAAUGUCUCUUAUUACCAUCCACUCUUAGCAUUGAAGUUGAUAAUGAUGUUAUCUUUAAUUUGUCUGCAAGUAUCAGAUUUUUAUCAAGUAUUACUUGAUUUGCUGAUGGGAAAGAAUAAUAUCGAGUAUUUGCUUCCAAAGAAAUUUGUGUUUAAUCUUUUGAGGAAUAGGAAGGGUGAUCACUUACACUUGAGUCCACAAAUAGUUGCUGAAGCUUUUACAAGCAUAGAGGAUCCUCUCCUGAUUGUGAGUUCAGAAUCUAAGAAUCCACAGAUAGAUGCUCCAUGUGCUAUAUUUGUGGACCUAAGGAAAUCUAAAGAGGACAUAAUGAACAUAGUGUUCACUAAGAAAGCUAUGCCAUGUAGUCAAAGUCCUUUAUGCAAUGAUGGUUGUGGGAUAACUCCUGAGGCAGUGGUAGAGAAGAGCAGUGAUAAUCAAAGUGGUGGUGGUAACCCUCAUCAUGUGAAUAACAGGAAAGCGAAAAGAAGUAGCAAGGGAAAGAAGGUAAAGAAAAAUACAGAUAUUGGCCAGACUUCUUCAAAGAAUGAAUGUGAAAGGGAAAAGCAAACAGGUUGGAAACUUCUUGAAGAAAUGUCUGAAGUUGUAAGUGGGAAGAAUAUUAGCAAGUCACUGAGCUCAUCUGUCCCGGCUAUGGUAAAGGAAGUGGACGAAAGUAUGGACACAUUUCUUAAUACCUUUGCUGGACAAGAUACGACCUAUGUACUUGCUGCAUUAAAUCAACUGGAUGUGAUUGCUUCUGCUGUUGCAUCUAAUAUGGGUGGAAAAACAGCGGAGGAUUUAGUUUUCUUGAAAUGUAUACAAGGGCUUAGGGAGCGGCUGCAGAGUAGUAGUGGUAGUGGUAGUCCAAACGGAGAUGAUUCCCCGAAUCAUUCUGUCACUAUUCAUGAAGAAGCAGGUAUUAGUAGCACAAGUACGAUUAAAGAAGCGGGCGAGGAAGAGGAGGAAACAGAUCGUUCACUCGUGUUAGAGAAACCAAGCUCUGGUGGUGACGCCCAAGAUGCGAAAAAUAACAAAGUGAAGGUAAAGAAAAAGAAGUGUAAGCACAGAAAGUGUGGUUGUUCAAAUCAACCUGAUCAACCUCAUCCCACUUUUUUUAGAAGGCGUGCUUAAUCAUUUGUAGAAUAUUUAAGACAACACUUUUAAGUAACCAUCUUUGAACCACUUUAUGAAGUUACAUGGCUGUCA